UAUAUUUAUAUUUGACCGCUUUGCUCAGUCUCAGCCGCCAAAUUUUACUAAUACUACUAUGCUACUUCUUCCUCCUCGUCUUCUGUUUUUUUUCCGUUUUUUAUCUAAAUAAGUUGGAAUGAGAUCUCCUACGGUUCCCUUCCAACUGUGGUAGGAAGGAAAGGGGGGAGAGAAAUGGAGGAAGAGGGGUCUACUUCCUCCGGCACUCCUCGCAAGUCCCUUCUCCGCUCCGCCACAUGGACUGCCCGCUCGCAACCGCAUCUCAAUCUCAACCCGAAUCUGAAUCCGAACCCUAACCCUAAUCGGCCCCCCAAACCUGGCCGCCUAGCCCUCCCCCUUCCUCCUCCCCUUGCCGCCUGGCCCCGCCCUGCCUCCGACGACUGCGGCCACUGGCCCGCCACUCCCUCCGCUGCUUCCUCCACCGCCGCCGCCGAUGACGGCGACCCUGAUAUCUCCCGCGUCGACAACCACGUCUACCUCGGCGGCGACGCGGCGGCCCGCGACCGCGCGGUGCUCCGUCGUCAUGGUAUCACCCACGUGCUCAACUGCGCUGGCGCUGCUUGCCCCGACCACUUCCGUGGAGAGCUCGAGUACAGUACGCUGUGCCUCAGGGACUCCCCUGCGGAGGAUCUUUGCCCUGUUCUGUACGACGCGUUCGAUUUCCUCGAGCGGGCUCGCGCUGCUCCUCGCGGCCGAGCGCUUGUCCACUGCCGCCGAGGAGCAUCCAGAUCUGCUGCCCUCGUCGUUGCGUACCUGAUGUGGCGCCGCGCACUGACCUUUGACGACGCGCUCCGGGCCGUUCGCGACGCACGCCCUUCCGCGGACCCGAACUUCGGCUUCGCAGCUCAGCUACUCCGCUGCCAACGUCGCGUGCUUGCCCUUCCGCCGACACCUGGCUCGGCUGCAGUCCGUGCCUACCGCAUGGCGCCGCAGUCCCUCUGCGCCCCCAGUUACAUCGUCCCCAAAUCGGUCGACCUCUCCGCCACAGCCGGUGCUAGCUUUCUUGAUUCUCGAGGCGUCUUCGUCAUUCACACGCCUGCUGCUAUCUACGUCUGGCUCGGUCAAGGCUGCGAACCCUCCAUGACCGCCUCCGCCGGUACCUUCGCUCUCCAACUUGUCCGCUAUGAGCGUGCCGACGGUCCAAUCAUCACGGUGCACGAGGGUUCCGAGCCAGCAGCUUUCUGGGUCUCCUUAAACGACGACCCCCCGUCUCCGAACACUGAUGAGCUCGUCGGGAAGCGGAGACUAGAGAUUUAUGAUCUCGACUACGACAUCUUCCGCAGGGCCACCCCUAGAGCCCGAGGGACAUUGCCACUCCCGGUUCCUUGUACGGAUGUCGACAAGAAGACAUUGGCGAAGGAGAGUGGUUGGGGCCGCUUGAAACGCGAGUUCGCAAGCAAGGGUUUGAAGGAAUUGACGAAAGCUGUGUUGGAGCGCAGGGUUUUAAACGAAGAGGACCUGCGGGUAAACGAUACAAUCCGAUCUCCAGGGUCUAUGGAAUCAAGCGCCACUCCCUCAUCGUCUUCGGCUGACACUGCUUCAGUUCGCUCCACUUUCUCGCCAAAUUCCACGUCUUCUUCUGAUUGGUACAAUUUGUCCCCACCAAGCUCAGAAUUACACAGGGCGCACCAAACUGAACCGAACUCGGAUUUGCAAUCAUCUGUUACUGGGAACGUGAAGUGGACGGGCUCAAGAAAUUUAGUGGAACGUAGAGGAGGUAAUGCUCCUCUUGUUCUCUUACCAUCAUCUGCUGAUGCCUUGGGGAGGCUUUCUUCAGAAGAAUUAGUAAUGGACUGGUGUCCAUCUCCUCCAUUUAUUUCAGAAGUGGAAGAAGAUCAAGAAGCAUUAGAUAUAGCAGGACAACUCUCAUUGGGUGCUUCUGACCAAGAUGACUCGGCAGAAGAUGCACCUUCUGGUGAUAAUGAGGACAACCAAUUAUUUCAUCCAGUUCUUUUUAGGUGGCCUGAUAUGGAUAAAGUGGACGAUGCCCAUCAGGGAGUUCUUGACUCUGAAUCAGUGUUCGUAUUGUUAGCAUCAGAAUCAAAAGCAGGUUCAAGGAAGGCAAUGAUAAAAAUGUAUGUUUGGCUUGGAAGGAAGAGUAGGCAUGGCAUUCUAGGAGAGAAGGAAGAAAAUGAGACUGCUCAAGUAGAUAGAAUUGGCACAAAGUUUAUUGAGCUCAUGGGUGUUCCAGCGGAUACUCCUGUACAGCUAAUUAGAGAGGGCGAGGAGCCAGAGCAGUUCUUAAAUCACUUAUUCUCCUUCCACCAAGUUAAUAAAAGCAUUCAUUGAAGACACGGAGCAGUUCUUAAAUCACUUAUUCUCCUUCCACCAAGUUAAUGAAAGCAUUCAUUGAAGACACGGAGGAUAUGUAGGAGAUAUCUAACCUACUUUACAACCAUUGGCGUAUGCAUACUGUUCUUUUUAGUGAUUUAAUUCAUUAGGUAAACUGUGUAAUAUAGUAAGUAGAAGAACAUCUAAUAUCAUCAGCCAUCACCUUGAUGUGAAUGGAGCUGUGGAGACUAGAAAUCAUGAAAAGAAAAUAAUUUUAGGUGAAAGUAGCCUCUCCCACUUCCUGACUUAUUACAUUGAUUAGUGUGCUUAGUAUAAUAAAAUUUCUUAAGUUCAAACAUCUGAAAUUAUUGGUUUCAUGUUCUAAAGGUACGACAGUUGAUUGUGCUAUGUAUGAUCGUUUGACUUUUACAAAGACAUUACAAUUGUGAAUAGAGAAGGCAGGAUCAUUUAGAACCUUCAUCA